CGCUCUCAUUGCACUGGCAACGCUGCCGAUAUGUGCAAGUCGUAUAUACACAAAGAAAAUUGAUAAAAAACUCAAAAAUAAAUUUGAAUUAAAAAUCAUGAACUUUACGUCAAACAAUUGCUAAUGCACACCAAGCACAUAUCAACGCUAGCACCAAGCACAAAAUCGAAAUUCACACAUUGCACGCACACUCAGCAAUCGCCUGCAAAAUGCAUGCCGCAUCGAUGACGUCGGUGGAGGUGCUGCUGAAUGAGUUCUACCAGCCGACGACGAGCAAUGCCCGCAAACGCGAAAUUGAGACCAAUUUGCUGGCAUUCAAGUCACAGCCGGAGGCCUGGCAGCUGUGCCUGCGUGUUGCGACCGCCACCAAUAGUUUCACAGAGAAUCAAUUCCUUUGGUUCUUCAGCACCUCGACGCUGGAGCACACGAUAACGCGCCGCUGGACACAACUAACGGCGGCAGAUCGCACACUAUUGAGGGAGACCCUGUGGCAGCACUAUGCCCAGCUUAUGGUGCUCACCGGCGCACGCCGGCAUCGCGAUACGCUCGCCCAACUGAUUGCGCUGCUUGGCAAAAGGGAAUUCCCGGAACAGGAUCCGAAUUAUAUGCAACACUGCAUGGAGCUAACCAAGACACGAUUUAGUCUUGGCAUCAAUCUGUUGCGCGUCACCUCCGAGGAGGUGGUCAGCAAUCGCGGCGACCUCACCAGCGAAUGGAAGCAAUAUUUUCACUCGUGCAUUUCCAUGUGUAUACCCGAUGUUUUGGACCUGCUCACCAAAUAUCUGUUGAUCGCCGUUUGUUACAUCAAUGGCAAAGACAUUCAUACGACCAUACCAAGCACAUUCAUGGACUACAGUCUGACUGCAGCGCUGCCAAAUGAUAACCAACUAAGUUCCUCAGUGCUGGAGCUGCUGAGCUGUGUGCAGCAUUUGGUCUCCUGGAUACGCACCGAUCUGAUCUCUGAAUACUUCCUAAUGAGCAUACUCGAUUUAUCGCAGUGGCGCCAGGCGAACGAGAACAUCUCGCUGGGCGCACUCUCAGUGCUGAAUGAGCUGCUCUAUCUGCAGAAGCCGCUGCCCUUCGCGUUCACCCUAAUGAACGGAGUCAGCGGACUGCUGGAACAGCACAACAGCGUCAAGCACCAGAGCGAAAUGUAUAGCGAUAAGUUCCGCGAACUGUUGCGCCUGUAUAGCACCAAAUAUGCGGGCAAAAUGAUGCAGGAACCGGAAAUGCUUGACUCAUUUCUCGAUCAGCUCUAUCGGUGCACCACCAAAUUGCAUGGCGCUCUGGACUUUACCGAAAAACUGGACAUCUGGACACCCAUCAUCAAGGGCAUUGCCGAGCAGCCAACGCAAUUGAGUGCUCAUCAUGGCGAGAUUAUGACGAAGCUAGUCGAUGAGAUAAUGCGGCGUACACAGUUCGAAAUCAAUAAGCCCGAACUGGAGCUACUCGACAAUGAGCUAAUGGAGGAUGAUACGCCCACAACGGAAUGGCAACAGUUUCUGGACCAGUGCUUCGAGUGCCUGGCCCUGCUGGCGACAACACGCGGCGCCCACAUCGUCUUCGCUCAGGUCUUCGCCCACUGGUCACGCCCACAGACGUAUCUGCUGUCGCUGGAGCUGGCGCUGGAUCAUGGCAGCGGUCGGUGCUAUGAGGCAGCACGCAAACUGAAGCUCGCCAAUGUGGGUGAGAUAUUGAGAGACUUUGCCACCGUUUGCCAGGCGGUGGUACGAUUAGCUCCAUUAAUGGACACGGCACAGGCGCCCGCGGAUGUCGUCGAUGAGAUGGAGCGGCAGUUGCAUGUGCUCUCCGAUCGUUUGCUGCAGACGCUGCAGCUGUUGGCGAGCAAUCGAGUCGGCGGCAGCGACUCGGAGAAGGCGAGCUUUCAAAUGGACUUGGAUAAUCUCUAUGCACAAGUUCUACUGGCCAUACGCAGCAUCUUUCCGAUGUCCAAGUCCCUGAACAGCGAGCAGCUGCUGCAUCGCUUGUUUGCCAUAUUGGGCAGCAUAUUUGCGGGCAAUGCCUCGCCGUCGGCUGCCUCGCCCAUAGUGCAGCAGGCGGCGAGCGAGGUGCUGCUCUUCAUAGCGACUGUGAUACGACCCAAAUGUCUAUUGGAUAUACCCGAGAUCCAGAGCCUAAUGCAGGCGGGGCCGCGACUCGGCGGCCAGCUGCCACGCCAAGUGUGCAUCAAUGUCCACAUCAGCCUGGUCAGCUACAUGGUGAUGCCGUGGAAGAACGUGCCCGAACAGCAGCAGGACUAUCCGCGUCGCCAAUGGAUGCUGCGCGAGUAUAUUGGUGCAUUAUCCAGGAAUUUCCAGGAACUGGAUCUACCGGCAGCCGGCGAGAGCAAAGUGGCGGCCACCACGCUCAGCCUGUUGGGCACGUUUACGGCGCUCAUCGACUACUUCAAGGCGACGGGUGCAACGGCCAAGGACCUACUUGCGAGCACCUUCAAGCCCAUAUUAAACAAAGCGCUGGUGAUCUUCAAUAGCUACGGCCUGAGCAGCAUUGCCAUGGCCAUCACCGUGGCCGAGUUCAGCCUGAGUAUGCUGCGCACUCUGCCCAUGCAUUUGGGAGCACAGUUCAUCAAGGAGAUGAUCACGCUGUUUAUCGAUGUCAGCAGCAGGGAGCAGUUAACGCUCAGCCGCUUGGCCGUCAUGGAGAAGGUGUUGCAGAUGUUUCAAUUGGUCGUCGAACAGCCGGGCAAUGCUUCCUUAUCGCUGAUGCCCAGCAUUUUGGGCUUCAGCACACAGCAAAUACUUCCGCUGCUGCAGCAGCAGAACGCAGCCACCGAUAGUAGCGAAAUAACCAGCCUGCUCUUUGCGCUCUUCGACAGCGUGCUCACCUGUAAAUGGCAAUUCUUCUAUAAGAAUCAGCUGAGCAAUGGCCAUGGCAACGGCCAUGCGAAUGGUCAGCAGCCCAACAAUUUCAACUGCAGUGACAACCUGCAACCGGAACACUUUAUGGCCAUCAUGAAUGCGUACGGCCAGAUGCUGGUCAGCGGCACAGAUCCCAGCAAUGUGCGCAGCGUGCUCGUCUCCAUGCAGAAUGUGAACGAGCGUAGUCGCCUGUAUCAGCGUGCCCUGUUCAAGGAGCAGCUCUUGGCCUCGUUCCAGCGUGCGCUGCUCAAUCUGCUGUUGAGCGGCGAGGGUGCACUACACUUUGAUCUGAUUGCCCAGGCACUGUUCGCCAUGGGCCAGGUGGAUCGUCGCCAGCUGCUCGAGAGUUUUGUCAAUGCGACGCUGCCCGUGGCGCAAUCAACGCUCGAGGAUAUAUGCCAGACAACUGACAUUCCAACGUUUACACAGAAACUGACGCAGCUCACGCAGGAUGCACAUUGUGCGCAUCUAAAUGAGACAACGUAGACGACUGCGCCGAAUGGAGACACAACACGGAGCAAAUACACAUUCACACACACAAGCACACGAAUACACACACACACACACACACACACUUAUACGCAGUCUGUCCCUUUCAGUAUCUUUUGUGCCUAUUUUAAUUUUAUGUUGUUUUGUAUAUAAUAUGUACUCGAACUGUAUAUAUAUAUAUAUAUAUAUAUAUAUAUAUAUAUAUAUAUAUACGCGAUAACUGUACGUACGAAAACGUUGCCCCAUGCUGUGUGUUCCAUUAAGUAUAUGCAUAAGAUACCUAUAUAUACGUGUGUAUAUCGAUAACUAUCGAUAUAUUCUGCAACUUCUGUGGUUUUACGUCCUCGAGUGAAAUUCACAACACAAUUCAUAAAAGACAAUUUUAGCUUGUAAUGAGAUUCCGUUUAAAAACAAACAGAUAUAGAAGAUCAGGAUGAAGAUUAACCAUACAUAAUAAUAGUCUAGUAGAUGUAUGUGUAUAUCUAUAUAUAUAUGUAUGUAUACAUAUAUAUUUUAAAUCUAUGAUAAUUAUUAUUAUGAUAACGACAUAAUCACAUGCUUCUGUGUCCAACAUUUUUAAACAAGAAAGAAAAGAAAAAGUCAUAUAUGUAUACUCUAGACUAUAUAUAAUACCCAUCUACAUAUAUGUAUGUGUGUUUAUAGGGAGUACAUGAAAUUAGCAUUAAUCCAAAUACAAAUCCAAAUCGCGUUCACAAUA